AAGCGAAGACGGAAGUACAGCUAGGGGAAACCUGUUGUACUUCCUCCGAUUAACCUAGCUACUCUUCAGUGUAGCACUGAGCGAAAACUGUUAAGCUAACGUUGUGUGAUUUAGGAGUCGUUUUUAAGUUCGACCAGAUGUCACAUAUAACAGUGAAACGUCCAGGAGUUGGGGUCGGGGUGCUGGUAACAGACUCAGCCAACUCAGGCUGUGUUCUCCUGGGAAAACGGAAAAGCGCAAUGGGCAAAGGGACGUACCAGCUCCCAGGUGGCCACUUGGAGUUUGGAGAGACGUGGGAGGAGUGUGCUCACAGAGAGGUGUUGGAGGAAGCAGGGGUGCGUUUGGUAAACGUCUGCUUUGCGUCAGUGGUGAACUCCAUCAGACUGGAGGAGCAGUACCACUACAUCACCAUAAUCAUGCAAGGAGAACUGGACAGGAAGCAGUCAGGAGAGCCAGAGAACCUGGAGCCAGAAAAGAACGAGGGUUGGACAUGGACACGGUGGGACCAGUUUCCUCCAGAGGAGCAGCUCUUCUUACCGCUAGCCGGUCUGAGACAACAAGGCUUCCAGCCGUUCAGGAACACAGUAACAAGCACUGAAACGCAGCUUUGAGACUGCCUGUCACAUUGGGAAACUUGUAUUCUUACCCAAAGGAUAAAACAGACAUACAUACCUCUUCAAAACUCAACCUCCUGUUUUACAUCAAUGGUUGGUUUACAUGUGCUUUUCCUUAAACAUGUUUUUCUGUUAUGGUACAUACUGUAAAUGUUUGCCAAUAUUAAGAACUCUUAUUACAAAUGUAGUAGAAGGAAUUCAUGACAUACAGAUUGUCGGCUGUGCAGUCAUUCAGAUUCAAAGCAAAUGAUGCAACAAAUAAAAUGCAAUUUAGAGGGGAAAAUGGGCUUCACAAAUGUUAUAAAAAACACACAUUAACACAAAAAGGGACAUUAUUCUUUUUUUUAUUACUUUAGCACCAGAUGCUGUUACUCAAAUGUCAUGAUAUUCAAUGAUAUAAAAAUAGACUUGGUAAUAUUGUAAUGCAUUAACUAUUGCCUGGAAUAUGGAAGUUUAUAAACAGUUAUAGACAUUUCAGAUCAUUCAAAGACACAACAGUGUUAUAAUAGUUUGAACCAAAGGUGCAUUAUUAUUUUUUAAUGGAUACAUUACUAUACUAUUGAUCAUUUAUCAACAGAAAAGUCUGCCUAAAAUGAGGAUUAAAAAAAACACAUUUUGUCUGAAAAAAAUGUGAA